CUUCUACUUUUCAGUAUUCAUAUUUAGUUAUUUGUGUUACUUCGUGAUUGUGGAGUGAAAAGAUUAGAAAAUCGCACUGUGUCGUAGUGCUGAGUGUUGUUUUUCCAAAAUACUCUAAUCCAACCACUAAAGUUUUGUGUUUCUUUAUUCUACACUAUUCAAUCGCAAUAAAAGAUAUUCCAAACAAAACAACAAAAAACUAAAAUUCAUUGUUUUCUACGAUGUUCAAUGGUUUACCUCAAUCGCUUCAUCUAACGCGACGACAAUCCCAAUUGGAAACAUAAGAAAAACACAUGUGGAGAGACAGAAAAACUAAAUGAUUCACUAGGUCAAUUCAUUGUAGAAAAAAAAAACUAAAAAAUUACUAACCACAAAACUUGCAUCCCCCGGCCACUAGCCCGAAGCCGAACCCGAGUGCAAGAUAAUAAACAGUCAGAACAAUAUGACCUGGUUGGGCUUAGGAGCAAUCGCUACCGGCUAUGUUUUUCAAAGGCUUCUCGGUGGUGAUUAUCCACCGAAUAAGGUGAUUGAAAUCAAAGGAGACGCUUUGGGAACACUACAAGUUAUCCAUCGAGAUGAAUCUAUGGUAUUAUUUGCCCCGCCCCAUCAACAACCCGAUAAGAAGACAAUUUGGGAGAUUGUCCUCCAGCGACCAUGUACUGAUCCCAAUACAACAUCGUUUAGUUUAUAUCGAGCCACAACUCAACAAGAUGCCGAGGAUAAAUUCAACGCGUUUCUACAUAGAUUGCCAAUAUAUGUUAGCAUAGUUAAGGAACAAUACAAUGUUAAUGGACUUCAAAAAAUAUGCGAUGUUUUAAUAGAUAAUCCAUCGUGGUCCAUUACUCAUUUAGUGGCUUAUUUCAACUAUCCGGAAUAUAUAAGUCAUCCGAAAAUUUUGGAAUUUAUUGAUUAUGCCGAUCAUGUAACAAACAUGACUCCACUUCAGCUGGCUGUUAACGUGAAUAACAUUGAAAUGGUAAAAGUCCUCCUUCCACUUAGCAACAUCGAACACUUGGACAAUAGAAAUAAUUCAGUAUUUCAUUAUGCAGCCAAUACGACCAAAGAAAUUAUAACUAUGUUAACUGAAAAAGGUACAACAAACUUAAAUCAAUGCAAUAUCGAUGGUUAUACGCCUCUUCACCUUGCGUGCCUCUACGAUAAGCCCGAUUGUGUUAAGGCUCUUCUCUUAGCCAAAGCCGAUGUUAAUUUACCAGCUAAAAAUAUUAAUAAAGUCUAUAAAACAACAGCACCAAGUUCUGUUGCUGAAUUUGUUAAAACCAAUGCAAAUAAAUUGUAUACGCAGGAUAUGAAAUAUGGUGGAACUCCGUUGCAUUGGUGUUCCUCAAGAGAAACAGUCCAGGCUUUGAUUAACACCGGAUGUGAUGUUAAUGCCACAAAUUUUGAUGGAAAAACUGCACUUCAUGUUAUGGUGGAAAGAAACCGUUUCGAAUGUGUUGUUACUUUGUUGGCUCAUGAUGCUGAAAUUGAUGUCUUGGACAAGGAUGGUAACACGGCAUUGCAUAUUGCCAUUGAGAAGAAGCUUGUACCUAUUGUACAGUGCUUGGUAGUGUUUGGAAGUGAUUUCGAUUUGAAGAACAAAGAGGGUAUCACACCACGUCAUAUGGUUGGCAAAGAGGCUAGUGGCUCAAAAGAUGAUGAGAUUCUUUAUAUUCUACACUCUGUUGGAGCUAAAAGAUGUCCCGAAACCAACAAAGGCUGCCAACCAGGUUGUAGUGCUACAGGAAUCUACAACGGAAUCCCUCCCGAAGCUCCUGAAUCUGUUGAGCCACGUGAACAUAUCGAAAACAUGCUUGCUUCAACUAGCCGACAAGCUAUCGGACUUCUAGGAAAUGGAGGCUGUAAACCUGUAGAAGCUCCAGUUAUAGUUGACACGGAAAAAGAAAAGAAAGGACAAAGUGUUAUGGACACCUUAUUAGGAGUGUUUAGUCUCAAAGUUAAAGCCGACUCUCUGCCGACAUCGAAAAAAGACUCACCCACAGGCAGCAUUGAAGAGACUAGCGAUGCUGCUAUGGCAUCGGCAACAUCAUCCCCGACAUCUCCAACAUCAGCCGCCCCUUCGUAUAAGGGCGAAAAACCGUAUGGCCGUGGUAGAUUGCUCUCACUCGACGGUGGCGGUAUUCGUGGUUUGGUUUUGGUUCAAAUGCUGCUGGAAAUUGAAAAACUCUCCCAAACUCCAAUAAUUCAUAUGUUCGAUUGGAUUGCCGGCACCAGUACAGGAGGUAUAUUAGCUCUUGGUCUGGGUUGCGGCAAGACAAUGCGUCAAUGCAUGGGAUUGUAUGUCCGCAUGAAAGAGCAGUGUUUUGUUGGAUCUCGACCAUAUCCGAGUGAGCUUUUCGAACAAAUUCUAAAAGAUAAUCUCGGUGAAUACACCCUUAUGACUGAUAUCAAACAUCCCAAAAUCAUGGUCACUGGUGUUAUGGCCGAUCGAAAACCUGUAGAUCUUCAUCUUUUCAGAAAUUAUACAAGUGCAAGCGAUAUUUUGGGGAUUGUAACAUCAAUAAGCAAUCGUCGUGUCCCUCCACCACAACCCGAUGCUCAAUUAGUUUGGCGUGCAGCACGAGCGACUGGUGCUGCUCCAUCUUACUUUAGGGCUUUUGGUCGAUUUUUGGAUGGAGGUUUGAUUGCUAACAAUCCAACACUCGAUGCUAUGACAGAGAUUCAUGAGUACAAUAUGGCACUUAAAAGCGUUGGCAGGGCAUCCGAAGCUGUUCCUGUCUCCGUUGUGGUUUCAUUAGGCACUGGACUUAUACCCGUCACUGAAUUGAAGGACAUUGAUGUAUUUCGCCCCGAAAGUAUCUGGGAUACCGCCAAACUUGCCUAUGGCAUUUCGACCAUUGGUAACUUACUCGUAGACCAAGCAACUGCUUCUGAUGGUCGUGUAGUUGACAGAGCUCGUGCUUGGUGUAGUACUGUUGGAAUUCCAUACUUCAGAUUCAACCCACAACUUCACGAAGAUAUUUGUAUGGAUGAAAAAAGUGACCAAAAACUUAUCAAUAUGCUCUGGCAAGCUAAAGCUUAUUGCUAUCAAAAUCGGAAUAAACUCCUCGAAAUGAUUAAUUUAGUAAAAUAGCACAUUGGAAAGUUUUAGAUCGUUUAUACUUAAUUAAUUAAAAAAUAAAAAUAUUUAAGAAAACCAUCAGCACUGAUUUUAUCAGAUUUAGGGAUUCUCUAAGGGCGCUCCCACGAUCUAAAACUCCCUUUACACUUUAAGCCCAAACAAAAUUAAAAAAAAAAAAACUUAAACAUUUGUUUUGAACUUCUUCUUUUUUCUGUGUUGUUUCUAAAUUAAAUCCUAGAUAAAUUAUAUAAUUGCAAAAAGAAGAAAAAGAUAACGAAUUUCAAGGAAAAGCUAUAAGUAUAGUUUAACUGGACUUAAAGAGUUUUUGAACAAUUUGUUUUAAUUUGAAAUUUGCAUCUUAUUGGCUUUUAAAAUGUCAAGUUUUAGGAAAACAUUCUUAAAUAAAAGAAAAUCUGAUUCUUUAAUUAUUAGAAAGUGAAAAAUUAAAUGCAAAUUUUGACUUAUUUAAAAAUGUAUGCAAUUUCUUAAAUCAUUCGGCUAUUCUAUGUAUAUUCUUUGCCAAAAAAAAAAACAA